GAAACAGCAUUAGAGAUGGAACCAGAAGCUGAAGACCCAGACAACAAUGAUAACUUGGCCCCUGGGUCAGGUUCAGAUGGUUCCCAAGAACUUUGUGCCUCGGAGUCCUUGGCAGAGUCCUACUAUGAAGAUGAUGCCAGUGAUGCAGAAUACCCUUUAGAUCCUCAACCUGCUCAUAUCCCAAAGUCCGACAUUGAGUCCCCAGAACGUCUUCAAUCACAUGACUGGGAAUCUGCAGGUGAGCAACAGUCCCUGCCUGAACUAAGUGUAAGUGAAGAGGAUGUCUCAUACCAAGAAGAGGAUGACAUCUACCUUAGUGAAUCAAGAGAGUCCAUUACAGAAUCUCCUCACAACCAGACCUCACCAACAUCACUGUCUCCGCACCCAAGACACCCUGAUUAUGAGCUUCGCACUGGCCAGAUAUCCCGGCCGCAUUCCCAGUCAUCUUCCUCCUCUCUGGGCUGUACUGCUGACAUGACCCUGGCCUUGACCCUGAGCACAGAACAACCACUGGGAGCCAGUAAUAGACAGGGCCCAGGGACUGGGAAUAGGAGGGUUGAAUCCUCAGAGGAAGGAGGGAGUAGUGAAGCACCUCCUGCUUCGGUCUUUGGAAUUUCAGAUGAGGUUGCUGAGCAGGCAGAGAAGUGGAACUCGGAGUCUGACACAGAUCUGUGCAGACCGGACAGGCACAGGGCAAGGUACACACGGCUCAGUCACAACGAGAGCCAAUCAGAAAAACAGGUCAAGGAGAACAAGUCUAAAUGUAAGCGAAUUGCUCGGCUUCUAACUGAUGCACCCAACCCUCAAAAUAAGGGAGCCUUGCUGUUUAAAAAACGCCGCCAAAGGGUCAAGAAGUAUACACUUGUGAGUUACGGGACUGGUGACAACAAGCUUGACAGUGAAGACCAAAUAGAGGAGGAAAUUGAAGAAGUCAGAUCGGCUGGUUAUAACUUUGUGGCAACAAGUGAAUCUGAGUUCGAGGAGGAGUAUUCUGUUCAUCACCAGCAGCAAAAUUUGAGUCUGAAUUGGGGAAGUGUUCGAGAAAUGGAAGCGCUACCAGACACAAAAGGAAAAGGUGUUUUGAUGUUUGCCCAACGGCGCAAACGGAUGGAUGAGAUUGUGUCAGAGCAUGAAGAGCUGAGGAGUAAAGGAAUACCUGUGGAGACAUUAACAGAAUCUGGACGUGCAGAGGCACAGAAUAUUUAUGACACUAAGGAAAUGUAUAUGCAUACUGAUCAGGCCAACUACCUGGAUGAAAAUCUCAAACAGCAUGUAGAAUACCAAGAAAAUAUCGAGCAGAUGAACCACCUAUCCAAUGUCUCAAAACCCUUGGUGCCAAACAGAACUGCAAAGCCUUUCCUAGGAUUUCAAAAAAGCUCAACUCCUCCUGUCAUGCCUGUUGGCGUGGUUCCAGCGACAAAGAAGCAUGAACUGAGAUUCAGAGUACCUGUGCCUAUUAAUACUAACCCACAGGUUUGGUCCCCAACUGGAGACAUCAUAGCCUCAAGAGAUGAGCGAAUAUCUGUGCCAGCAAUCAAGACUGGCAUCCUACCAGAGUCAAAACGGAAAGUAACUAAUAAACAGGCAUCCAUGCUGACGCAAGAUCUUCACCUUCAAAACAAAGGGGAAAGGAAGUCUUAUAUUGAGUCAGAGGAAGACUGUUUUAGUCUAGGUGCUGAAGCUUGUAACUUCAUGCAACCCAGGACAAUAAAACUCAAGAAUCCCCCUCCAGUUGCCCCAAAACCUACCAUCAACCCAACCUGUCCACCUUGGAUGAGGAGAAGCCCCUCUGUUGAGCCCUAUAAUCCACCAAGAAGUCCUGUUUCACAACCUUCUCACAGUCCUGUGGGGCCUCAUAGUCAGCAUUACUUACAGCAGCAAGAUUGGGCUCAGUCUCAACAGAUGGCUAACCAUUGGGCACCAGAUCAAACUCAGGCAACACUUCAAACACCUGCCAGUGCCUGGGGUCCGAUCAAUUCCUCUUCUCAGCUUCAUCUUCAGCCAACCACAAAUAGCUGGACUCAACAGCCGCCACGAUCCCCUGUGAGUAUGCAAGCCCGCAGUCCUACUUACAGCCCACAUCACCCACCUUCACCCUCAAGGAAUAAGUCAGACAGUGCUCCACAGUCAGUUACCUCUUGCCCACCACAAGCAGGGAAGUCAUACGUCCAUGCAUCAAAAGCAUCACAGGCUUCUCCAAAGGGUCGAGUCUCAGACAAAGGUAAUAAUCAAGCUGGUUCAACUAUGGCUGGAAAAGGUGCAGAGUUGUUUGCCAAAAGACAGUCCCGUAUGGAGAAGUUUGUUAUUGAUGCUGAAACAGUGCAAGCUAACAAAACAAGAUCCCCCUCCCCAACCUCGUCCCUCCCUACCUAUUGGAGGUAUUCUUCCAAUGUCCGUGCCCCACCUCCUUUAUCAUACAAUCCCCUUCUUGCUCCUUUCUACCCUCCAUCAGCAACCAAGCAACCCCCUUCCACAAGCCCCAAAAUCAAGCCUAAGACCAAAGAGAAACCUAAAGCAGCCCCAAAGCACCUCGACGCCUUAGAUAUUAUGAAACACCAGCCAUAUCAGUUGGACUCGUCACUGUUCAAGUAUGAUGCAGUCCCUGAGGCCAAAAACCCCAGCCCCAGCCCCAGCCCCAAACCCAAACCCAAACCAACUCCAGCAUCAAAGUUUGAGGCCACCAAAAGCCUUAAACAUAGGUCUGUCCCUUCUCAUUCUACUUAUAAUGUCCCUGAGCUUGCUGUUCAAAGCAAGGCAGAAGUCCCUGCUAAGUCUCCUGUAUCGGUAAGUUCCCAAAAUUCUUCUGCCCGCCAAAGCACAAGAUCAGCUGAGCCUCGCACAGCUGACAAGCGCUUGGAUGAAAAGCACACUGUCACUCCUGCAGCUCAUCACAUAACCAAAAAGCAAGCACCAAGCGCCCGACCCGCAAGCGCAUCCUCCCAGCAGUCAUCUACUGGUGACAGCAUAGCUUCAGCUUUUUCUCCUGCAUCUCUUAUUGCUAGAGGCGCACGUCAAAUGGCACCUCGGCCAAAAUUUUCUGCUAAGAAGCCAGUGGUGACAGGCACACAGUGGAGGCCUGUUGCUAUGCUUCAUUAGUUCUAAUACUGUAUAUGGUCCUGCUUUGGUGAAGUCAACACUAAGAUGAUAGAACACAAUUACAUCUGCAACUUGGUAGCAUCUAAAAUGUCUUACUUAAUAGGUGGAAAUGUAAGGACGUUUGCACAUCUAAAUGUAGGGCGCAUCCAAAAUAAUUUACAGUAUGCAGCUAUACGAAUAUAUUUAGCUGGCAAUGUAAUGAACACAUGAGAGGGCAGUUGAAUGUACAGCAAAGAUAGGUUAAAAUUGUAAAUCAAUGGAAUAUAAACUAAAAUAUGCAUAAGCAUGUGUGCUUGAAAAAGGGAAUGUGAGACUUAAUAAUGUUGAGUGAUUCUCAGGAAGUGCUAUUAGUGCAAUAAUGUGUGCCUUCAACUAAGGUCUCUAGUUUGAUGUUUUUCUUUUAUAAGAAAUAAGAUUACAUGCAUGAUGUGCAUUUUUAUGUCACCACUGACCCCAACAACUACACACAAUAACAUUUAUUAACACAUUUAUUUAUGAGAUUUAAAUUUAAGUUUAUAUAAAAUAUACUGGGAUAACAGUAACUCACUUUUAGCAUUAUAUUUACAGACUAUUGUUAGUGUGUCUGGGGAGAAACUGUCAAUGCACUUCUUUUUUUGGAUGCAUACAAUUUGCAAUCAUUCCAAACUUUUAUGGUAUCACAACAGCUAAAAGCAUUACUGUUAGUUGUGAUAAUUAACCCUAAUGACUUUAAAUGUUUUUAUGUGGAUUUAUUCAAUUGUGAGCCGUGGCCAGUUAACUGUCAAGAAAGUCAUCAGAAGUUCUGUACUCAUCCUUGAUGUAAAACGAGCAAGUUAUCGCAGAGAUUUGACUAUUCCGCUAUUGAUUCACAUUACCAGUAACAACUCAAAAUGAAAAUAGGAAACAAUUGUCUUCUUUGUCUCUAUGUCUCUGUCUUCCAAACAUAUCAUUGUUUAUUGCACUUCUUGUACUCAGCACAAUCAUGCUAUUAAAUUUCUCUUUCCUUCUA